ACGCAAUUCGGGGACGCGGAUCAGAUGUCGGCAGGAAGACACUGACGUUAUUCCAGUCUGAAUGCUGAAGAUACGCUUCUCUAGAGAGGUGCAUCACACCUGAGAACAGAGAAUGGGAAGGAGUAAACGUGUGGUUUCAUACGCUGAAACUCUAGCUGCAUCCUCUGAGCUCAGACUUUUGCUUUUCAGCGGUAAAUUCAGGAGGGACUAGCUCCAAGCUAGCAGCACAGGCUAGCUAGCUUUGCAGGGAGGCUAACUAGCUAGCGACAUCGCAUCUUUAUUGUUGUGGCUCGCAACACACCUCCAAACUACCAACCCCGUCUCCAUAGGAAGAGAAAAUGGUGUACCUGUUGAAUCCUAUAGAGAACCUACGAGGCUACAUCAACAACCGUCCACCGCUGGUCAUUUUUAUGAUCAGCGUCAGCGCAGUGGCCAUUGCCUUCCUGACCAUCGGUUAUUUCUUUAAGAUUAAGGAGAUCAAGUCUCCGGAGUUGACAGAGGACUGGAACACCUUUCUGUUGCGCUACAACGAGCUGGACUUCUGCGUGUCGGAGAACGAGACGAUAAAGCACGGCUUGAACGAGUCCACCACUCCGGAGAGCACAGUUGUGACCAGCGGUCAGGCUCGCUCCAGCACCCAGCCUCCCCUCCUGCUGGAGGACCCGGGUCCUAUUAACAUCUCCGUCUCCAUCACGCUCACGUUGGACCCCCAGCGUCCGUUUGGAGGAUACUCUCGCAACAUCACCCAUCUGUAUGCCACGGUGUUGGGGCAGCAAGUCGGCCUGUCAGGCCGAGAAGCUCAUGAAGAAAUAAACAUCACAUUCACGCUGCCCGUGUCCUGGAACUCGGACGACUGCGUUCUGCACGGACACUGCGAGCAGGUGGUGUUCAGCACCUGCAUGACCAUCACAGCAGCCAGCAAUAUCUUCCCAGUCACAGUGCAGCCGCCGCACUGCGUGCCGGAGACGUACACCAACGCCACGUCUUGGUACAAGCUGUUCACGACGGUCCGAGACUCGGACACCAAGUACAGCCAGGACUACAACCCCUUCUGGUGUUAUAAAGGAGCAAUUGGCAAGGUGUACCAUGCACUGAACCCGAAGCUCACGGUCAUUGUUCCAGAUGACGACCGCUCCCUCAUCAACCUUCACCUGAUGCACACUAGCUACUUCCUGUUUGUCAUGGUCAUCACUAUGUUCUGCUACGCAGUCAUAAAGGGGCGGCCUGGCAAAGUGCGACAAACCAACCCUGACUUUUGCCCUGAGAAGGUGGCGUUGUCAGAGGGUUAAAAAGACGUCCGAGAGCUCUGCCAGAGGUUAUCUGUAGUACGGACUCAAAAUAAAUG